AGCUUAAUAUGAUUGGUCGAGGCUGCGGACGAAGCCGGAAAGGGAGGCCGGUCCACCAGCGAGAAGCACAGACCCAGAGGCUCCAGGCUCACUUCGCGAGCCCUCAGGAGCGACCCCGACAGCAGAGCAGAGGCCUCGUUCUGUGCUCAGCCCGAAGCCAGGCGGACGUAGCGGCCACGGUGGGGCGGCCCACAGGAUCGUCUGCACGGUAUGGUGGACACACCACAUUUUGUGCUGCUUCCCCGGGGAGAGGUGGGGCAUGGAGAAGCAGCGUCCUCCUGAGGGUAGUCUCCCAUCUUGGUUGGAAAUAGAGGCUUCCCUUUGGCCGGGCCCACCUGCCCUUGGCUCCCCCGGCAGAGCAGGAAGCUUGGAGGAGGGGGAACAGCCAGAGACCGGAUUCUGGGGGGCAGAGGUCAACGGGCUGGGGCUGCUGGCCCCCCGGAGCCCUUACCCUGUGUCUGGCUUGGCCCCUGACCCCACCCGCCCUGCCCCCAGCCCACAGGAGCCCAAGUGCCCCAGAACCACCAGCUCUGUUGAGACAGGAAAGCACAUGACAGGAAGGGAGUCCUCCUCCUGCCGUCCCCUCUCCAGAAGAGCCCCCAGACUGGACCAGUUGCAGCAGCAGUGACCUCUUGUGCCCCCCCCCCCCGCCGGCCCCGGUCUGCUCAGGGAAGGUGGGGCUGUGUCCCCAGUUUUCGGUGCUCAGAUGGAAGAGGCCACCCCCCAGUGUCCACCGGGAAGACAUCUGAGCGUGCGUCCCCCCUCCCCCACCCCCUCCUGCAGGGCUUGGCUGGGGUCUCUGACCUCUGGCCUCCACCCCACAGGGCUCCCACCCUCCCCCACUGAGCAGGACUCCCUCCUGGCCGGUUGGGCUCAGCUUCCCCAGAGGCCCCGAUGUAGGCUGCCAGCCUCCGAGGAGGAAAGGAGGGAGAGAGGGAAAACCAGUCCCAGAGGCUGGAGGGGCGGCGGCAGGAUCAGAGCCCCUGGCAGAGGGUGUCCAGGCUCUGGGGGCAGCACCGGCCCUGGGAAAGCUGGAGCCGCCCCACGGGAGGGGGAGCUGAGUCUGCACAAACGCCUCUGCUCAGGAAAUGGGGUGCAGGGAAGGUAGGGGGUGGCUCGGAGCCCGAGGACAGGAGGGGACGUUUCCUGGCGGAUGCGGGGUCAGAGAAGGGGCGGAAAUGGCCAAGACAGCUGCUGAACAUCUGGAAUCACAGAGAGUUACCGGCGCCCUCAAGGAUGGCGGGGUUUGUGGGGAGCUGUGCACACCCCCGCCCUCUCCUCCUGCCUUCCUGCGGGUCAGUCUCAGCCUCCCCUCCCACUGUCCCCCCCGUCAGAGUAAAGCCUGAGUUGGGGUCAAGAGCCCUCCAGGCCAGUCGGACGGGGGCCUCCUUCCCCGGGGGCUCGACCUCCUGGCUGGUGCACGGUGUGUGCAGGCCACAGCCCCGCUCCUAGGGUGGUCCCCGGGGCCCCAUGCACGACUGGAAGCAUCAGUGCACACUCGGAGCCCCGUGUCGCUGCCGGCAGAGCCCCUCAGGGCGGACCUUACCCUUUCCACUCCUGCAGCCCCCACUCGGGGCUUGAUGUAAGGCGAUGGCUGCAUUAUGUUACGCAGUGUAACACAGGCUCCCUGCCACGAGUCAGGCAGAGUGUACGAAAGGUGACCGCGCUCUCCAAGCCCCUCUCUGGUACCCAAAAGUCUUAACCUUUCUCUACUUGCCCACAGACAUGCCCACCUACAGGCCUGUGAGCAUCGCCGCAUGCCCGCAGCUGGCCAGUGGCCCCUCCUCCCCAUGUGCAGACACUAAUGCCCCAGCGUACCCUCUGCUGGUGGAUACCCAGGUUUCCAGAUCUUCCCCUUCGGCGUGGCUGCCAAGAACACCCUUGUCUGAGGACCCUGCCCCCUGGGGAUUUCCCCUCCACACCCGAGUCCUAAGAGUGUGCCACGGUGUGGCCAGAUUGCUUUUCCAAAAGUCUGUGCCGGCCUGUGAGUCAUGUGGGGAGCUGUCUCUGCAGCAAGGCCAGGGAGUGUGGUGGUUUAGUAUUUGCUGGUCUACGUGUGUAUAAGUUUAAUGAAUGUUGACGAUCCUGACCCGCUGACCAGGCACCAGGAGCCAUUCCAUCAGUCAGGCAAUCCAGUCCUGCUUUUUGCCCGCUGCCCCUCGGAGGUCCCUCACCUGUGGGACCCCUGGGCUGGCCAGCUUCUCUCGUGGUGGCCAGAUGGAAACUGUGGCCUGGACCUCCGCCAGCCCUGGCUCUGGAGAGGGGAGACUGAGCGGGGCGGGGAUGAUGGAAUGAUGGCAAGGAUGGGGUACCCUCGGCCUGGGAGUCAGGUCUUGGGGUUUGGGGGUGCUACGUGUUUUCAGCAGGAGACCCUGAAGACCAGUGAUGAUGGUGGGAAAGGGGAUCACCACAGAGGGCCUGAGAUGGCUCCUCGCCCACUUGCCCCAGCGACCUCCCUUCCCCCCACCCCCGAGCUGGAGCCCUGGUUCCUGCCCACAGAGCCUCUCCUGGGGACGCUGACUCCACUGGUGGGGGUCUCCAGGGGGCACAGAUGUUGCCUUUCCCUCCUGGCUCCUCCAAGCCCCAGAACCAUCAACAUUUGUCUCCUGGUGUUGAGGCGGAAGGUGGGAGGUGUCUCCAAAGGGGCAACCCACACAGUGGUCCUUGGAGAACUCCGGGGGCGACCCCGGAGUCUCCCACACCGGUGCCCUGUCACCCUCCUCCUGACACUCCACUCCUCUUUGGAGGCGGGGCCGUUACUGGGACGCUCCCACUCUACCCCCAGCAGCAUCCUGCGUCCAGGCAGCCACCCCAAGAGUGAAGAAGCAGGUGGGGGGGCGUGGGUAGGGGUCUCAGGAGUGAGCCCUCGGCUCUCCUCUGGAGAGUGGGAGACAGCCCAGGCGAGGACUGGGUGGGGAUCCCCUUGGCCUCCAGCCGAGACCCCCAGGGCCAGCCUUCCUGGGGUGUGGCUCUCCCACCUGCCCCGGUGGGUGGGCUGCAGCCAGCUUCCGCUUAGGCCCGGCGUCAGGGCUGGGGGCUCACGAGUGGGGCUCCUUCCUGACGCCGCCCCCCCCACACACCAGAGAGCGGAGGAGGGGGGAAGCGUCUGGAGGGUGGGGGGGGGCAGAGUCAGCCCAGAGCAGGGGGGACCCUGCAAGGCCCCCGAUAUCUCCUGGGGUCUCUGGCACAGGGCCUGCUCUACCCUUCGGGGUGCGCAGCUGGGGGAGGGGGCUCUCCUUGGGCUGCACUGCCGGCACCUCCUGAGCGGAUCUAGGUUACAGCCCUCGCGGCUCCUUCUAAGUCUCUUGCGCAGAUUAAAAAUGGCAACUGUCCUGGAGCUGACCCCAGGGGACCCUGGAAGUUUCCUCCACCCCCCCCCCACCCCGCCUGCUCACAGACAGUCUCUGUUCUCAGCGUCUGCUCAGCUCGGGGCGGCUGCUCUGAGGCGCUGGCUCCCCGCCCCUCUCGCCCCGCCGGUCUCUGGGGAGCUGGCGCGAGGUCAAGCCCACCGCAGCCCAUCCAGCCCACCUCCGUGGAGGGUGUGGGCGGGGCCGCUCCAGGGCCCAGACAGGCAGGCCCUUCUCCCCCGUCCCUCCACUCCCGGCUGCCCCGCUUCAGGCAGAAAAGUGGGGCAAGAACGGAGGGGGGAGGGGGCGGAAGGGAAGGUGUCCGCGCCCCCUCGCCACAGCCGGGGCCCUGAGGGGUCCAGGAGGGGCGCCCCACGUUGGCUCCGGAGGUUUCUCUAGGGGGCUGCCCUCCGGGGGGAGCCCACUUGGACCGCACACACAUCACACAGUCAUGAAGGCAUCACCACCCCCGGCGGCCUGGCUCCGGGACAGGAUCUGGGGGCCAGGAAAGCGUCUGGGCCUUUGCCCUAAGCCCACCCAGGAAGGCAGUGGGGCGGGGAGGACACAGAAGCAGAGAGGGCCCCCUUAUCCCCCCCUUCCUGUUCCCCACCCGCCCUGGGGAUCUAACCGCAGGGCUGCCCACCCAGCCACUUUGAAGCUGCCGGGGCUCCUGCGCCGGGCCCGCCCCUCAGGCUGAGCUGCGUGGGAGCCGGGAGUGACCACAGGGCUGCCAGCAGCCUUUGAAGUGCUGGGGCGAGGCCGCAGGAAGUGGGCGGUAGCCCACCCAGGCCCUGGACCCACCCCACCCGAGGACUGGAGCCCCUGCCCACUGGGCCCAUGCACUGGCCACCUGGGCUGCCCAGGUGUACCCUGGUGUGGGGAGUUAGGGGGUCAACUCCCCAGCCUCUGGCGCCCAGCCCUCAUUUUGCCCAUGCUCCCUCGGGGGAAGCAGUGGGGCCAGGAGUUGGUCCCUCUCUCUCAGCUAAAAAUAGCGGGGCUCAGGCUGGGUGGAAACCCCCCUGGCGGAGGAGGAAGGAGCGGGGCCACAGGGCUGGGGCCUGGCCUCGGGGAGUGAGGCUGGGCAGGAAAUGCCCGGGUGCCCUGUGGCCCUGGCAGCAAAGGUUCCCUCAAUGGCACAGCCCCCCGGAAAGUCCCAGGCGAUGCCUGGGACCCGCGUGGGGCAGGAGUCUCCCAGGUCCCUUGGGUUGGGCCUCGCAUACCGGGGGGGGUCCCCCAUAUCCCAGCUGGUGACCACUGCCUGGGCCUGGCCUUCCUGGCCCCCAGGAAGCCCGGAUGGAGCUCGUUCUUCCUCCUCGGUCAUCUCUGCGCCUGGUGGUGAGCUGAACAGCCCGCCUCCAAUCCCCCCUCACUUUCCCAGCAAGCACCAUUCACGGAGGGCCUGCUGGUGGGGGACAGGGCUGAGCACGGCACGGUCCACGGCUGCCCCGGGUGCUGGCUGAGCACAAGUAAGGGCUUGGCCUGAAGGAGGGCUUUUCGGGAGGGAACACCGGGUGGUCGCCAGCCUGGAGUGGGGAGGGCAGGAGACGAGACCAGGAAGGUGGCGAGGAGUUUGCAGCCUGGCCCUGGGAGAGGCCUGGAGCUGAAGGGAACUUGGCAUCCUGGAGGAAUAAGAACCAGGCCAGUGUGGCUGGAACCUGGGAGCGGGGGUACAGGAAUGAGGCCAGGAAUGGGGGACAGAUCACGUGGGGCCUGGUCAACUGGGGAGAGGGGUUUGAGAGGAAGGCACUUCUCAGAAGCCACUGA